CUAUACCGACACACGCAUGCGCACUCGUACAUGGGAUCGCUCAGACUGACACGUCUGUCUGUUGUAUGAAAACUAAUUAUCACGUAAAAUAACUGAUGAACUCAUACAUUACAGUAAUGUUGUAAAGUCAUCGGUGUGUCCACGUGUAUUUUACAGCCUGAAUCACGUGGACACAGGUACCGUCAAAGUAUUUUGACCCUUCUCGCUCCCUGUACGAUUUUUUAAAAAAAUGACAAGAAGGAAACGAGUGAAAACUCGAAAAGAUUCACUUUCGGUUACCGGUGAAAAACAAAAACAGACAAGUCAGGAUAUAAAGUUACAACCGACGGAACAUGAAAUGUUUUCUUUUGCAGUCACUGUUUUAACUGUAGCCAUCUGCGUGGCACCACUGACGGCUGAAACAUCUGGCCUCUCUCGUCAUAAGUCCGCAGUCCUAAAGAUGGAUGAGGCCUUUCUAACUGUUAGAAAUGAGCUGGACACCGACUUGGUGGUGUCCUGGGUUUCAGAACACUGCUACCAGUGUUUGUACCAGCAGCUAGGUUUGGUGCCUGCUGCACCCAGUCCUGGCCAGCCAAGUUCACGAGAGUUAACUGUGAACACGCAGCAUCAAUUAACACUGCAGGUCAACACCUCUCAGAACAACUUGGAGCUUUGCAAGGUUCUAUUCCACUUUGGAGAACAUGGGAACUACUCUUUGUGGGUGAAAAAUCUGAACAACCACUCAUUUGUCAACUGCACCGUAAUAACUGAUGGUGUCCCCGUCAACAGCUACAUACCACUGUUGGCAGCAUUUCUUGUGUUCGCUGGGCUAGCCAUCGUGUGUGCCAUCGGAAGAGCAUUAUUAUGCUUCCAUGUAGUGAAGGGAUUCCUCUUCCGAAUCAGUGGCUCCAUCAUGGAGACGGAGAUGCUCAUCAACUCUGAUCUCGGCUCCCCUGGCAGAUCUGCUGAGCCAGUCACUGCUAACAUCCUCCCUCCUCCAUCCAGACUCAGCAAGAGGCUGCGAUCCUUGGACACAUUCAGAGGCUUCUCCUUAAUUAUUAUGGUGUUUGUGAACUAUGGAGGAGGCCGGUACUGGUUCUUCAGGCACGAGAGCUGGAACGGACUUACUGUUGCAGAUCUGGUGUUCCCCUGGUUUGUGUUUAUUAUGGGGACAUCCAUUGCCCUGUCGUUCAACUCCCUGCUGUGUUCAGGCUCAACCCGCUGCUCACUGCUGAGGAAAGCCAUUUGGAGGAGCGUGCAGCUCUUCAUCAUCGGCGUCUUUGUCAUCAACCCAAACUACUGCCAUGGACCAUUAUCCUGGGACAGCCUGCGUAUCCCGGGUGUAUUGCAGCGCCUGGCCUGGUCAUACCUGGUUGUAGCUUCUCUAGAACUCUUGGUUGCAAGAACCCACCUUGACACUAUUUCCCAGGAUGCUUGGUGGUCCUCUUUUCGUGAUGUCUUGAUGUACUGGCCUGCCUGGCUGUGUGUGCUUCUAUUUGAGGUCUUUUGGCUGUACUUGACAUUCCUGCUUCCUGUGCCGGGCUGCCCAGUCGGCUAUCUGGGUCCUGGUGGGAUUGGGGACAACGGCCUGUACACAAACUGCACCGGUGGAGCAGCUGGUUUAAUUGAUCGCUGGCUGCUGGGAGAAAACCACAUCUACCAAAAUCCAUCCUCAAGGGUGAUUUAUGCGACGCACAUGCCGUAUGACCCAGAAGGUGUUCUUGGCAGCAUCAACUCAAUUCUCAUGGCUUUUCUUGGAUUACAGGCAGGAAAGAUAAUACUACACUACAGAGAUCACCACUCUAGUAUUAUAUCAAGGUUUCUCAUGUGGGGCCUCAUGUUGGGCAUCCUGUCAGCUUUACUCACCAAGUGUUCCAGAGACCAGGGAUUCAUUCCUGUCAACAAGAACCUAUGGUCUUUGUCCUACGUGACAACACUGGCUUGCUUUGCCUUUGUGCUGCUUGUGCUGGUCUACUACACAGUAGAUGUGAAGAAGUGGUGGACUGGAGCACCGUUCUACUACCCUGGUAUGAACUCCAUCCUUGUGUAUGUGGGCCAUGAAAUCUUUGAGGACUACUUCCCCUUCCGGUGGCACAUGUCCAACAGCCAAUCACACGCUGAACACCUCACCCAGAACCUCGUGGCUACUUCGUGUUGGGUCCUCAUCUCAUUCCUGCUCUACAGGAAAAAGAUAUUUUGGAAAAUUUAGAAGUACUUCAGAAAAGAGGCACAAACUUCAGAACAAUACAUUCAGUCACAAUACAUUCGCAAAACUUACUGCAAUACUUUAUCAAAAAUAUGCUGGAUAUCUUUCAAAACUGUAUGUGGUUUCUUCACGUCAUACUGUACUUUAAAAUGUUACAGGACUUUUUCCAAAGACAAGCAUGUGGCUGCUGAAACAUGUUGAAAUGAACCAGUACAAACUGGCCCUAAAUUUGCUGAGGAAGUUGAAAUCCACAAAGAUUGAUGUUCCUCAUCUGCUGUAUGACUAUAAACAGUGAGUGUCGUUCCUUAUAUUCAUUAGCAAGUGCUUGUUAGACCAAUGUUGGGAAAACCCUCAUUGUUGUCUUAGUUAUAUCUAGAUUGUGAAAAUAAAAACAACCAGAACAAUCAUUUAGUUGAAUGGAAAAGUGUGUCCAAACCUUUGACUGGUUCUGUAUAUACACAAACCAGUGUUGGCAAGAUAUUGCUUGUACAGCUACCAACAGAAAAGGCCAGAUAAUGAGGGCACACUAAAGAGAAUAUUGCAUGCUGUGCUGCCACCUGCUGGUCUACUAAGAAAUGUGCAUCCAUAUCAAGUUAAGAAUUUAAUAUUUAAAUGCUGCACUCAACAAAAGGUUUAGAUGUUCAUUGGCAUGUGCAUUGCUUCUUUUAAGAAUGUCUAAUCUGAUUUUGUUCAAACUUGGUUGGUACUUUGGGCCUGUAAGAUGAAAUAAUGAUUGGUCAGAGGUCAUGGUCAAAUUUUCCUCCCCAUGAUAAUAUAUCAUCCAUCCACUUUCUAUAGCUGAUUACCCCAGUUGAGGGUCACAAGAAGGGGGUGCUAUCCCAGCAGUCAGGGUGUGAGGCGGGGUACACCCUGGACAGGAUGCCAGUGUAUUGUAGGGCCAGAUAUAGACAACCACAUUCACAAAAGUUUGCAAUUCACCUAACGUGCAUGUUUUUGGAUGUGGGAGGAAGCCAGAGCACCUAGAAGGAACCGACACAAACAAAGGGAGAACAUAAAAACUCUACACAGAGAGGCCCCAGGUGGGACUCAAAUCAGCAACCUUCUUGCUCUGAGGCAACAGUGCUAACCACCAAUCAACCGUGCCGUCCUGAUAAUAUAUCAGAAAAUUAUAUUUUUUUUCUACAGAAAUUAUUUCCAAUAUUUUACCGUUGCUGAACCUGACUGUUAAAACCCCAUGUAUGGUAAUAUUAUAUACAUUAUACAUAAUACAUGCCUGAUACUUUGAAAUAUGGGUGUGGCUUCACUGUGCUCUCUGAUCACAUUUGGUCUCAUAUUUUGAUAGUGUACCAGAAUUACUUAAAACUGACACACUGCAAAGCAGGUCCAAAAAUCUGUGUUAAUUCACUUUUAAAUGAACUUGUAUGCAAAUUGCUGCACCAAGUGUCCAGAGGACAUGAAGGAAUGCAUGUCAUAUGACAGUGAAAGGACACAUUUGAAUAUAUUCUGCUUUAGAUAUGUUUCCUACAAUGACUCAUAUGCCAUAAUAUUUCUGUCAACACUUGAUUAAUUUUCUCACCACAGAUGUUUGCUUUCUGGGAGUGCGUUUAAUGUUUUCUGCUGAACACUGUUUAUCUUAGGAUACCGUGUGUUUCAACCAUUGUGUAAUUGGGACCUUUUUGACAAUAGUAUUUGUACUUGAUGUGCCACAUUUUGCACUUACUCCUGACAUGAUAUGCACCUCUAAUAGUAUAGCACAUGUUAGCCUAUUGAAUAUUUGAAUACUGCAUUUUUUUUAAGACUGUCAAUUUGGCGUAUUGUCUUAAUUGAUAAAUGCUUUGUUGAAAUUGUAUACACUUAAAAUGGUUAUGUAAUAAAAUUUGUUAAAAAAAAUGUUCUGUGGU